GAAAUUACAUAUUUGUCACUUGCAUGUCAUAUUUUCCAUUUGAUGUGGUUUUGAGUGUCACUGAAAGAGGCAGCACACGUCAAAUCUCAUAAAGGAAGCAGAGGCUGCUGCGUAUAAAAAGACAGGCUGAGACACUCAGUGGAGCUGCAGUGUUUACACGAGGGACGACACUAUCAGCUGGAAACCUCAGAGAAAUCAGAGUGACAGAAAAGAAUCAACAAAGUAACUGAAGUCAGUAUUUCAUCAACAAUGUGUGACUUUGACCUGUCCCAAGCUCUGCCCUGCUCCAUUGAAUCAGAUGAGGAAAUAAUUGAACCGUGCUGCUUCGACACAAAGGAGCUUCAGGAUGAGAUCAUUAGACUGGAUGAGGGACUGGAACUGGAGGUUUUUCGCAAAAAGAGGACCCUGCAGGGUGUUGCUAACCUGGUGCUGGCCGUCAACAGAAUGAAAAAGCCCCCAUCUAGCUGCGGCCAUGAGCUCAGUGAAGAUGAGCUCUGCAGCUUAAUCAUGGACAGCGUGAUGGAAGAAACUGUUGUGAAGACUGACAGGAACUCGAGUACUCGAGGAGAGACAAGAGUGACUUUCGAGCGUGUCAACAGUGGGACGCAGUUCUCAUUGUGCGACAGUGUCCAGAAAGACAUCGUGCAGCAGUCAGGAGACCUGAAACUGCAGGCCAUCACACUCAAAGGAGGACAGUACGAGCAUAAAGUGAAUUUUAAGAUGGCGAGGUACGUCACUCGCUGUGUCUCUGCUGCUGACAGUCAGAUGGUUCUCCUCUCCAUCACCAACAACAUGCACGUGUCCUGCACCAUGAAAGAUGAUAAACCCGAGCUGACUCUGGAGAAAUGCUGUAACGACGAGCUAAAGAAGAUCAGCAACGACCAAAACAUGGACCGUUUCCUUUUCUUCAAGAGGGCCUCGGCCCUCACCCUGUACACCUUUGAGUCUGUUAAAUACCGCGGCUGGUUCAUCAGCACCUCGUCUGACGAUGAACGCCAACCUGUGGAAAUGUGUAAGGUGGACGCUGCCUGCCGUCUCACCAGCUUCAAGAUUAAAUAAAAAAGAAUGGCUGAAUUUUUCUAUUUCUCUGCUUUACCACUAGAUAGAGCAAUUGCUACAACAAUUCAUGAGCAUUUUAAUGCUGUAGAAAAGCUAAUAAUACAUACAGUCACUGGAAGUCAUUUAACUUUAUAUUAAUUUUGUUUAUGUGAACAUGCUAAAUAAAAGAAUAUAUCUGUCUUCUUCGAUGGAGACGUUUGUAAAAGGAUAUCCCUCUAAAGUUGCAUCUGUUGUUUGUUCCUAAUGUUUACUGAUUUCACUUUAUUUCUCUGUCCUGUUAUCCCAGUGUUGUUUUACAAGUAAAAUAUUGUGUGUAAUGGGCUGAAAAAAAUAACACAUUAAUACUGUC